AUGAAGACCCUUGCUCUCGUCCUCGCGCUCAGUCUCGCUGCUGCUGUGCAGGGGCUCGUGAAAGUGAGAGGAUCCAGCUUGCGGAUUCAUGACGUGCAUGCCCAACUACAAUUGACCUCUGUGCGCUCCCCUCCAGUGCACGAGAGCCCCCGCGCCAUGUCGCUACGCGGCGGCAACGACGAAAGGGACGUCCUCCAAAUGCUGAGGGACCUGCUGUCAAGACGGGAAGGCUCCGGCCCGUCGCUUCAGGACCUUAUCAUGGAGGCGAUGCAGAGGCUGCGGCCAACCACACGUGCUCUGCUCAUCAUCAACGUGCUUUGCUAUCUCUUUGCCAAGGUUGGCUUGCUCGGCAAGGACCCCGCAGCGAGUUUGGGCAUCAGCCCCGACAGGAUCCUCUUGUACCCCAUGAGGGAGGGACAUCGGCUUCUGACCGGCAUCUUCCUCCAUCUCAACCAUGCGCAUCUAGUCUCUAACAUGCUCGCACUUGCAGCUCUUGGGAACAAGGUCGAGGAUAGGAUAGGAUCCUUCAAGUUUGCUCUCCUCGUCUCCCUUCUAAUCCCAAGCGUCGGGCUGGCGCACGUCUCGACGACCGUCCUCUUGAAUGCGGUGGGGAGCCUGUUGGGCUUCAAGGAUACAAGACAGGUCCAACUCGGAGGCUUCUUGCCGCGAGCAAGCGUCCAUCAGGUCGUCAGAAGGCUGGUGAUGCAUCAGAUCUCUUUGACAACAGUCUCCAUCGGCUUCAGCGGGAUCCUCUUUGCACUGAACGCCAUCGGGACGGAGAUGUUUGCAGGAGGCUCCUUGUUCUGCUUCCCUCUCAGCGACCUCCCCCCUGAGAUUCGGCUCUACGUUGUCAAGUACUUGCGGAGAUACAUCGAGAAGCGAUGGGGUUCGCCAAGACUCUGCAUCCCGUCGUACUGGGCCCCGUACCUCCAGGUCAUCAUCUCUCAGCUUGCUGACCCUCUUCGAGUCUCCCUCUGCGGUCACCUCGCCGGCGCCAUUGCCGCGAGUGUCGUCCAGACUCCAUGGAACUUCUUGUCCCUGCGGCACACAAGGAGGGAGCUGGGAAUUUUCCUCAAACUCCUUCCAGCUCAGCUCCUGCUGCUCGCCCUGGGUCGUCGAGCUCUGGAGGCGGCGCGAAGAGACUCGGUGACGGAGUGGGGGGAGGCGGUGAAAGAUCUUUGGAGAACGUACGUGAGGAGGAGGAGAGCUCCAGAGAAAGACGUGGGAGGAGAGAGGAGAGGAAUUCCAGACUUGUGGGACGCGACAGGAGGGAGAGUGAAGCUGGUGGGGCUUCGGCGAGAACAGGAGCUGAACGGUCUGGAUGGAACCGUUGUAGCUAUUGAUGAGGUGCAUGCUUCAAUUUCUGUUCCUGCUGCUGCUGCUGCUGCUGCUGCUGCUGCUGCUGCGGUGACGGGCAGGCUGCUUGUCCGACUUCACGGCAUGAAACGAGAAAUAAGCGUCUCUCCUCAGAAUGUCAUCCGAGCCAUCAGACCCUCUCGUUCUGUGAACCCCAGGGCGUGGACAGUGUCUCAGGUAGGUGACUGGCUAAGGAGCCACGGGCACGCGGAGGAAGCGCUGCUGUUCGAGAGGAGCUCGAUGACGGGGAGCUCGCUCUUGGAGAUGAGCGAGGAACGUCUGAGGAGGAUGGGGAUUAGCAACGGGCCGAGGAGGAGGCAGAUCUUGGAGAUAAUUGACCAGCAGUUUGGAUCCACUUGUUGA